AUGUCUAUCAACAAUCAACUAACACAAUGUAACCAACUACUCGAACGUCUCUGCGCAUUCCACGGCGCUGAGAUCUCCCCCGGGCCUCGGCCUCGGCAGAUCGAAAAAGCAGUAUGCAAGCUCCCUGCGGGGAGCAUUUGGCAUCUCUACCCCCCUACAGGAUCUGUCUCAUUGUGGCUGCUCACUAUGAAUCCACCCUUCCCGUUCCAAGUCAUCGAACACUCCAUUCCAGCCCAGCAUAUCCGUGAACAUCCCCAUGGCAUCAACGGCCGCCAGGAAGCUGUCCUCCAGCUCGCCAUCAAACAAUAUGUCCCUCUCGACCGUCCCGAUCCUAUACCCGAGAACGCAGUCACAAUCAUCGGAGCCCACGGGACAGGUUUCCCCAAGGUAUCUGAACCAUUCUCAUCCAAGAAAGAAAGCCCCGCUAACAACGCACAGGAAGUAUAUGAGCCCCUCUGGGAAGAUCUCUACGCUCAGCUGAAGAAGCAAUCCGUCCCGCUGCGGGGGAUUUGGGUCGCCGAUGUCUCAAACCAGGGAGCCAGCGGAGUGCUGAACGAGUAUACCCAGGGAGACAACACCCACUGGUUCGACCACUCUCGUGACCUCCUCCACAUGACCAACCACUUCCGGGACGAAAUGCCCCGACCCAUCAUCGGCAUCGCCCACAGCAUGGGAUGCGCCCAACUAAUCCACCUGAGCAUCCUCCACCCCCGCCUCCUCUCCACACUCAUCCUCUACGAACCCGUCAUCCUCGACAUCCCCACCACGCCCUCGCCCGCCCCCAACCCCUCCCUCCCCGCCGCCCUCAAACCCGACUUCUGGCCCACGCGCGCCACCGCAGAAACAUACUUCGCCAAAGCCCUCCGUAAAUGGGACCCCCGGGCACGAGCCCGAUACCUCCAGUACGGGCUCCGCAACAUACCCACACGUCUCUAUCCUACCUCAACCCCAUCCCCCACCACCACAACCCCCAUACUCACCCCAGUAACCCUAACCACAACCAAACACCACGAAGCCUGGAGCUACUCGAUCCCCAACCUGACCCCGCCAGACCCUAACCCCAAACUCGACCGCCUCCUCCUCCCAGACUGGGACCGCACCCUCGAGCUCCCCGUCCUGUUCUCCCGACCGGAAUGUCUCGCCGCAAUGCGCGAGCUCCCAUUCGUCAGACCCAGCGUGCUGUGGGUAUUCGCCGGGCGGAGUUAUCUGUCUGGGGCGGCGGAGCAAGACAGGAAGAUGAGUGUGACCGGCACAGGCACGGGGGGUAGUGGUGGCGCUCAGGAGGGGAAGGUAAGCAGGGCGGUGUUGGAGAAGGGGGGGCAUGGGCUCGUGGUUGAGGAGGUGGGGUGGUGUGCGGGUGUUGCGGGGGAGUGGGUGGCCCGGUGGAAGGGAGGGUGGUUGGAGGAGGAAGCGUUUUGGAAGGCGUAUCGAAGUGGGAAGUCGGAUGGGGAGAUGCUGAGGAGUUCGGAGGUGGGCAUGGAGGUCAUGAGGAUGAGGAUGGGGAGUUUGAGGGGAAGUGUGAGAGGGAAGUUGUGA